CAGUUACUCUUUAACAGACCCAGUCGCUGUUUAACUUUCGUCUGUCGUCUGUGUGUCUCGGCUUUCACCCCGUUUCUCCUCUUUCUACCCACCAGCAGCAGAAGAAGAAGUAGCAGAUGUGCUGUGCAGGAUGUUCUCUGUUUGACCACGGCCUGCUGCUGAAAGCCCUACAUUCAUGAGAAGGCAACAGAAAGAAGAUUACUGGGGGAUUAAACACAUGCACACGUGUGCACAUGCAAACGCAGUGGGGUACUACGGUUCCGGGAUUUAACUUCCAUCCAACUGAUCUGAAUGAACUUCCCUGACUGACUGAGAGACUCCAAAGGCAUCAUGGAAGAAGAGGAGGAGCCAACAGAGGCUCGCUGAAUGUUCUGUCCGCUGACCCCACCUUCUUUCCACCUGUCUCACCAUCAAAGGCUCGGAAAGCUUUAAAUUGCAAAGCUGACUGUCCCACAAUGUCUUGAUGCUUAGCAGUAGUAUUAGCCUCACCUAUUGCUUGCAUAUUUCUGCCUACCCCUGCCCUGAUUUAUAAAAAAAAAAAAGACUAGCUGACAUUCUCAUCUGGGAGAUACAGAGAAAACUUCAUUUUUAAAAAAUCCUGCAGCCAUAGCAGAAACCCCCCCCCAAAACAUCAAGUGUCAAGAGGAAGAUGCUGAAGAGAAAGUGAUAUUUUUAAACCUUUGCUGUGGAUACCUUACCACCACCACAGGCUUACACAUGAGACUCAAGGAUGACUGACAAAACCACACCUUUGAUUCCUUUAAGUUCAGAGGUUCUGUUUUUAGCUCAAGCUCUUCUUGUUUUGGAUCGGAUCAACGACAACAAAGAAAUAUUCCCAUUGCUUUGUUGUUUAUGCUAAGAUGAGUAGCAGAUCUGAUGUGAGAAUUGCUGCAAGGAGAUAAAGAUAUGUCUUAUUUUUGCUGCAGCACAUCUCUUUUCAUGAGGAUGUAAACCAGAUGUGGCUUUUCCAAAAUAUUUUGGAGUAUACGAGGCCUUAACAGCAGGAAAUACAUUUGCACGCUGAGGUUCCUAAAGAAAGUGCAGAUGACGAUUCACCAGCAAAAUGUAACAUCUUCUGCAUAAAACAAGAGCAAACCUAUCCCCUCAAUCUGAGCUGCAAUGGCCAGCCAGGCCACCCCUAUGUUUCUCCACGGCUUCGAACUCAGCGGUCAUUUUGUUGACCCUCGACCUCUUGGCACCGGUGUCACCGGGCUGGUGCUGUCUGCUGUCGACCAGCGCACUGGACAGCGAGUAGCUAUUAAAAAGUUGUCGAUGCGAGACGCAAUCACAGUGAAGCAUGCUCUGCGGGAGGUGAAAAUCACCCAACGACUGCACCAUGAGAACGUAGUGAGUGUCCAUGAGGUCUUAGCGCCAUACGGAUGGCCGCUGCCCCAGGACCCAUCCCAGCUGAGUGCCAUAUACAUCAUCCAGGAGUGCAUGGAGACCGAUCUGGCCCGGUUACUGGACCAGGGACCACUACCUACAAGUCAUGCCACCCUGCUGUUUUAUCAGCUGCUGAGGGGCCUAAAGUUCAUCCACUCAGCCAACGUCCUCCACCGAGACCUGAAGCCUGCCAACAUCUUCAUCAACACAGACCAAAUGCUGCUCAAGAUCGGAGACUUUGGACUUGCCAGAAUAGUGGACCCCCAUUAUUCUCAUAAGGGCUAUCUGUCUGAGGGUUUGGUGACGAAGUGGUACCGUUCCCCCCGUUUGCUCCUGUCCCCCAACAAUUACACGAAGGCCAUAGACAUGUGGGCUGCUGGCUGCAUACUGGCUGAGAUGCUCACUGGACGCAUGCUGUUUGCAGGAGCUCACGAGCUGGAGCAGAUGCAGCUGAUUCUCGACACAGUGCCCGUACUGAGAGAGGAGGACAGGCAGGAUCUCCUACAGGUGAUGCCUUCAUAUGUCAGUCAUGGAUGGAGAAUCAAGAAACCUUUCUCUGAGCUGCUGCCUGAAGUGGAUCCUUGGGCGGUGGAUUUUCUCGAGCGCAUCUUGACAUUUAACCCCAUGGACCGUUUGACAGCAGAAGAAGCUCUGUCCCACCCUUUCCUUCAGCAGUACUCCUGUCCUGAGGAUGAGCCUGUCUCCUCGCACCCUUUCCACAUUGAGGACGAGCUGGACAGCCUCAUCACCGAGCAGAGCUUGAGCAGCAGCGACAGUCAGGCCUCCAGCUUUCACUGGGAAAGGUUCGACAACAGUUUAUCAACCAACAUAUGGGCACCAUACUCAGGCGAGAGGUGUCGGUGUUUGCCCUCUGGUCCUGUUCCAGCUGACCUGGGAGACACCAUAGAUAACGAAGAGGUGCAGCGGGACCCCAGGGCCAUUUCCAGCUCUCUGACAGAAGAGGCGCAGGUUGACCCCCGCAAAUAUUCCCAUAGCAGUUCAGCUGAGCGUUUCCUGGAGAGCUCUCACUCGUCUCUGGAGCGCGUCUGUGCUUUAGGAUACGGGGAGCUUGACUGCGGUCGCUCCUGCGAUUACAAAGUGGGCUCUCCUUCAUAUCUGGAUAAAAUUGCAUGGCGAGAGGGAAAGCCCCAGCACUACUCGGAGCCUAAGCUGAUUCUGGAUCUGUCUCACUGGAAGCGUAACACUGGCAGACUCCCCGCGCCUGCCGAGCCCAUUGGUGGCAGCAUGGAGGACCUGGGAGAGGUGAGGGUGGAGGAAGCAGAGGAAGCAGAGGAGGAAACCGGGGAUUUGUUCCAGGAAAUCACUCGCUGGGUGGAGAGUGCUCAUUCUCGUCUGCACUCGCCCAGUACCAGUCCAUUAAUGGACCACUGCUCACCCUCCUGCUACACCUCCUCUCCCCCUCUUCCGCUGUCUCCCACGGACCUCCCAGCUCCUGUCUUCCACUACAACGAACAUAUCCGCCCUCCAUCAGUUGACUAUGACGAGGACAGACUGAGCCCGCUUCCUUCCAGCACAUCUUCCUCCAAUACCCUCCCCUUUCUCUUCCCAUCGUCGCCCACGGCUAUAUUUUCACCUCAAACAGCAUCGCCACCACCUACUCCACUUGUGCAGCUCCCAGCAUCUCAACCGCUGUCCUCUACCUCCUCUGUAUCUCAGUCCCCUAAUGCAGACUCCACAGAAUCUCUGCCAGUCAAGCAAAAAGAGCGCUUGUUUGACCUUGAUGUGUUCAUAUCCCGAGCUCUGAAGCUGGUCCGGCAGAAUAAAGAGAAAGUUCAUGUGAAGAAAGGAAAAGAUGAAGGCUGGAUGGAGGAGAGCAAAACAGCGAGCAUUAAAGGAAAGGUGCCCCGGCUUUCAGAGCACAGGACUUCCCCAUCACAGACUCCCAACUCCUAAUCUCAGUUCCAGAGUUAGCACAAAAUAACUAUAAAAUUAGUCACACUUCAAAAUAUACUGCAAAUGAGGGAUGUUCUGCAUUCUACAGUAGCAGCUUGUCUUUUUAGCACUAAAAUGGCUUCAAGACAAAACCUUCAGUUUAAAAACAGCAGUUGUGCAGCUUUGGUUCUCAGGCAAUAAAAGCUAAGAAGAAACUUGAGUAAAAUAUAAAUCAACACACUCGGCUCUAAUAAAUACUAAACAUUUACUCGAUGUGAGUAGUUCUGCUUUAUGCCUGUACCAACAGGUAGUAAAGCUAACUAUCAAUCGUUCAAAACUUGAUGAUCGCUAAUGAUGCUUUGUCUUUGUACUAAAACUUGGGUUUAAUGAGUUCCCAGUUGGAAAUACAACACAAAUGUUCCCUGAAGUCAUAUCUCCUGUCAGUAAAGUGAAAGGUCUCUUGGUGUGUUUGUUUUUGGAAGUCAAAGCUCCGAUCUGAGAACAACUUCACACACGAGUCUGAUAAAGAAUAAUGUUCCCUAAAAUUAGAAUUAUGACUAAGAAGGUCAGAGGUCUCCUGUUAAAUUUUCUCUCACGUUGACACUCUGAUGAGAAAAUGACACUGCACCUGAGUUUUGUACAUUCCAUUGGUGUGUUCUCUUAUCGAUAGGAAGUUGGAUUUUCCGAAUUCCCAGUUGAAAUGCAACGAGAAUAUCAAAAUUCUAACUGUGAAACUGUUAGAGAAUAUGUAAGCGUAGUGCUUUAAUGCAAAACAUGAAAACCAAAAACAUAUCAGUUGUAGUUAGCCCCAAAGACAAACAGCCAGUCACACCAGUUUUCUGACUUAAGGCUACAACUCUCUCAAAUUAAGACUCAGAUCUCCAAGACAAACUGAGAGCAACAUAUUAGCAAAUUAGAAAAUUUGUGAGGUUUGCUAACUGUUUUAGUUCUAUACCGCUGUCACAACUUAAAGGUAAUAAAAUGACUGCCAUGUUGGAUGCUCUCUUUGUCUCCCUCUCUCUCUUCCAGUUAGAUACUGAACUCUGGGAUGUUUGGAGAAUUACAACUUACCCAGUCAGAAUUUUGCCUCCAGUGGUUGUUGUUGUAUAUCCCACUGGGAAUUCUGGGAAAUCUGAAUUUAGAGUACAAAAACAAGUCACAAUCUGAACAGCCUCGAGUUCAGUCUUCAUUAUAGCCGCUGUAUAUAUAAAACAGUGAAGGUUGCAGGAAUCAGCUAUUAACGCUUCUGUCCGCUUGUGUCUAAUGAAACCUGUGACACACAUGCUAAUGCACAACCUCUGAUUUUGAAUAUGCUCCUUUGCUAUUUAAAUUGUAACCAGCUUGUGGGGAUGUGACGUAGUGCCAAGGUUCAAGAAUCCAACUUAAUCCAAUGCACGAAAUACACGUCACAAAAAAUUCGUCACUGAUAACAGCACUCUUAGACUCUUAUUAUGUGCUUAAAACAUGCUGUAAUUAUCUUUCUAAACUCCAUCCUGUUAACUCUUGAAAGAAUCUGUCAGUCUUCCAACAACAUUUACCAAAUGACGACAAUAAGUGACGCAGUAAAAGCUUUUUCUAAGCGUUUGAAUGUAUUAACUAAGAAGAAACCAGACAGAGUGUGGCGUGAUCAACUGUUAGUUUUAUUUAUUGCUGCUUUUACACUCCCCCAAUGAGUUACUAAGUUUUAACAAUGGAAUCUUGUAUAAAGUUAUGUUCAUAUUGGAUUUUCAAGAACAUGUAAUAUAUCACUAGACAUUUUUGUGGCUAAAAUAGUUCUGCAAUAUUUUCUAAAUAUUAGAAAGUAUGAUCUUUUUAAUGAUUUUGGAGUUAGCUGGGAUUUUGUUUGAAUUUGUAGUGAGCUAAUCUAUGGUAGUGCUUUAUGAUUCUUCUGCCAGCUGGACUCAUUUUUAAACACAUGUAAUUUGUUUCCUGCCUGAUGUACCAAAUCUGUUCCACAAUGAAAACAGUUUUCUUCCACGGCUACGGGCCUAAAUACCUUCUGCUCACUUCAAUAUUAGCAACAAAAAGCUGUAGCAUGUAUAACGAUUAUCUAUAAUUUGGGAAAUGUAGAGUCUGCCAAGUAGCUCUAUUUAUAAUGUACAUUUUUUUUCUGAACUCUUUUAUAUAUUUAUUAGGUUGUUACUGUAGAUGCUUCUGUUUUGUUCACUUUUUUAAUGGUAUUUUGGCUCUUUUAUUUCUCUCAGCCAAGUCAACCAUACUGGAAAACACACAGCACCCUGCACACUUACUGGCAACCCCCUAAAAAUAAUAUAUAUUUUUUUUCUAAAUCAAGUAAUAUUGAUUUUUGUUUCAGCUAUAAUUUUACAAUAGGAUAUCUUAAUAUGUGUGGUGCCAAUAAUUGUGGAGGGUGGUGCUGCUGAGAUGUGCUGUAUGGCUGUUGGAAAAAGCCAGCUAAGUUCAGUUCAUUUUUCAUAUGUCCUCGGUCAACGGUUGUAACAAUUUGAAACACAAUGCCUUGCUGUGAAGUUAUCGUUAUGUGUAUGCAGAGUGUAGUUGCACCUGUCCUGGAGUAACCCUGUAGAAAGUACCAGAGGUAAAACUCUGAGAUCAAAAUACACUGCCAGCAAUACUGCAAAACAAGCAUGUUUAGUCAUAUGUUUGUCUUUCACUGAAUGACCAUGAUAUAAACCACAGUGAUAUUGCUAUCAAGCAUUGAGUUUCAUAUCAAUCUGCUCAUUUUAUGCACACUGUAACCUGCAGGUAGUCAAGUAUUUCCAAAGGAUACUAACACAAGAUAUACUCUCAGUACAACCCAGAGAAACAGCAGUCAUAUCACAUAUUUCUGUUGUUAAAUUUACAGUAAAGCACACGUGGAAUAUGAAGCACAUUAACAAAGGCAGCAUUUGGUCACCAUCAACAUUACGACUCUGUAUUGUCUUCUUUUGUCAGCGAUGUACCUCUCAAUAAGAACAAAAACCUUGACAUAUUUAGAGCACUCAAAGAAAGUAAAAACUGAUCCAGUAAUAGAUAAGUUGGUCUACAGUCUGACUUUUACCACGUCUUAUAAUCUACAUUUGUAGCACAGUUUAUUUCAGAGGCAACCUAAGCCAGCAAUAAUGCCAUUUAUUGAGUGACACAAACACACUGAAACACAUGUGGUUACUGAGCCAAAAGUAAAAAUCCUUAUUCUAUCAAGCAAUGUUGAAAAUGUGCCUCGGUACACCUCGAUGCUUCCAGCUUGCUGAAUGUAAAAUAUGCCCUCAUCUCUGUAUGGCUAUGCAGGUAGCUUAAUCCAUGUCUUAAUGGUGUACGUCUCUGAAACAGUAACAAAUUAUCUGGUUUCUUAUUCCAUAUUUAUCAUACUUAUGCUUCAGGGGGAUUUCAGCCUUUCAUUUGAGAAAAUCUGUGGGAAUUUUAUUGUAUCGGCUUGAUAGCAUCUCUUUUGAGUGUCAACCUUUGUUGGAAAAUUAAUAAAAGAAUGUUGAAAAAAGA